AUGUCCCACUCAAAACGCAACACCUCCCUCGCCUACUUCACCUCGCACGAACGCUCCCUCCUCCGCUCAACAUGGGGCACGCAAUCCACACGCCUCACCCGCGAGAGUUUGCUCCCCUUUGGAUUCUGUCGACUAUGUCUAUCCUACGCGCGCGAUCCGGUAUGUUGUGGAGGUGCCAGCGAACCCAAAUCGACCGCUGAGAGGCACAGACCCCAAGUCCACCUCUUUUGCCGCGAAUGCGCCCUCAACGACAUGAUGUCCCAGCGGCGGGAGAUCCGGCGUCUCGAGCGCGAGACUCAGCUUCGGGAGCGCGAAGCCCUCGAAGCAGAGGCCAUGGAGGCCGAACAGAGGCAACAGAAGGAACUCCACCGCUUUGAGCGGAAUGAAUUGGGGUUUGAGGAUGGGGUGGCCAAAAACAAGAGGAAGAGGCCAGCGCAUGGCGUGGACGACGACGACGAGCGAGGCAGAGGCAAAAGCGGUAGUUUCUGGAUGCCCAGCGUCGCCAGUUCCAUGGCCACGACGGCCUCUAAAUCUUCUUUGGGCAUCUCAAAGCUAAAGCCCAAGAAACUCCAUCCGAUAUGUCCGGCCUCGACGCCACAAACGCAGCAUCCAUAUUCCUUGAAAUCGCUUGCCUCGGUGUCUUUCAGUCUCAGCGACUCCGCCGGUCCAGAGGAAAGCCUGGCCGACCAGGAACAGGAUCAGGACCACGACCACGACAACCCCAGCCGGAUAUGUCCCUCGUGCAGAAAGGUGUUGACGAAUACUUCGCGCGCCGUGCUCGGCACGGCAGACCAGUGCGGCCACGUCAUUUGCGGGGCUUGUGCGGAUUUGUUAUUCCAGCCACGUCGGGGCGCGGGUCAGGGCAGUGCCGCGGACGACGGAAAAUCCAAGGCCAUCAUUAGAUGUUUCGUAUGUGACGCGGAUUUGAGCGGCAUGGAGGAUACAGGACAUGCGGAAGGAGAAGGAGAAGCGCAAGGGGAAGGCGGCGAGCAAGAGGAAGACACCGCCGAAUCAAAGCACAGGCACAAGCACAAGAACGCCAAACUUGACCACGACACGCAUACGGACAAAAGUAGGGGCAAAGAAAUCGACAGAGACGGAGCCAAAGCGGAGAGACAGAAAGACAACGUCAACGCCAACGCCAACGCCAAACCCAAACCCAAAGCCAGAACUAGGCAGGGCAGACUCGUCGAGAUAAGUUGCGAGGGCACGGGCUUUGCGGCGGGCGGCGGAUCCAGCAUGGCGAAGCGCGAGGGCGUGGCUUUCCAGUGUUGA